AUGGCACUGCAGUUUGUGCAGCGACGCUUUAUGAGCAGUGCUUUACAAAAGUGGGCAUAUAACCUUUCGGGUUUCAACAAGCUGGGACUUAUGAGAGAUGACUGCUUAGAUGAAUAUGAUCCUGAUGUCAUAGAAGCUCUAAGAAGGCUACCACAAAAAGAACGUGAUGCCCGUAAUUACCGUAUCCUAAGAGCAAUUCAGUUGUCUCUGCAAAAAGAUAUUCUUCCCAAAGCGCAGUGGACAAAAUUGGAAGAAGAUCGUCAUUACUUAGCCCCAUAUGUAGAACAAGUUAUUAAGGAGAGAGAAGAACGUGAAGAGUGGGAAAAGAAUUACUAAUAUUGUUUAAUAAUCAUGUAGUUGUAUGUUGUAAAAAUAAAUUAUUAAUGGUGACAGAAA